UCUGGGCGCGGUCCUGGGCCCUGCCUCUCCUCGCGAUUGCGGCGGCCCGCGGGUCUCGGGGGCUGCACCUGGGCCCACGUGGCAUCUCCCGCCUCCCGCCUCCCGGCCUGGGCCCACAGGAAGCUGCGCGCCUCGUGACGUCAUCACAGGGCGCCGCUGCCUCGACCUCCUUCCACUUCGCGGGAGAAGUUGUUGGCGCGAAUGGAUCCCGAGCCGCGGUAACGGAUUCCCCAGCCGGCCGGCCUGCCCGCCCGCGCCUUCAUCCGUGGGCUGCAAUGGAUAUUCGAAAAUUCUUUGGGGUUAUACCAAGUGGAAAGAAAGUUGUAAGUGAAACAGCAAAGAAGAAUGAGAAAACGAAGUCUGCUGAAGAAACCAGAAAAGCAAAGAAAGGAAUAAAGGAAAUCAAGGUAAAUCGUUCUUGUAAAGAAGAUGACUUCAAACAGAAGCAACCAAACAAGAAAAAGAGGAUCAUCUAUGAUUCAGAUUCAGAAUCAGAGGAGACAGUGCAGGUAAAAAACUCCAAAAAGCGACCAGAAAAAUUGCCACUGUCUUCUAAACCUGCUAAAAUUCGACACCAGGAUCCUGUUACAUACAUUUCAGAAACAGAUGAAGAAGAUGACUUUGUGUGUAAGAAGGCAGCCUCUAAAUCAAAAGAGAAUGGAGGAUCUCCAAAUAGUUAUCUUGGAGCAUCAAACAUGAAAAAGAAUGAAGAAAACACUAAGACACUAAACACUAAGAAUAAGCCUUUGUCACCAAUGAAGCUUACCCCCACAUCAGUGCUUGAUUAUUUUGGAACUGCAAGUGUCCAAAGAUCGGCUAAGAAGAUGGUGGCAAGCAAAAGAAAAGAGCCUUCACAAAAUGCAGAUGAUUCCAGAUUAAAUGAUGAAGCCAUCGCCAAGCAAUUGCAACUUGAUGAAGAUGCAGAGCUAGAGAGACAACUGCAUGAAGAUGAAGAGUUUGCCAGAACAUUAGCCUUGUUGGAUGAAGAACCCAAGACCAAAAAGGCUCAAAAGGACCCAGGAGAGAGAGAGACGUUUUCAUCUGUGCAAGCCAGUUUAUGUAAAGCAGAAAAACCUAAAUAUCCUCAUAAAGAAAAAUUUUCAGAUGACAGAAAGAACUGCAGUCCUAAGAAGCAAACUAAAUGUGAAAGUUCAAAAGAAUCUCAGCAACAUUCCAGGUCAUCCACUCAUAAAAUAGGAGAAACUUCUUCUCCAAAAACCAGUUCCAAGCUGGCACCACUGAAAAAAAAAGAAGAAAGUUCUAAUAAAGAAACAGAGCCUAUGGCCUCAAAAAGAAAAGAAAAUGCCAUUGAGUUGAAAGAGACAAGAACUCCUAAGAAAAUCAAAAGUUCUCCAGCUAAAAAAGAGUCUAUAAGUCCUGAAGAUUCUGAAAAGAGACGAACUAAUUAUCAAGCUUAUCGAAGCUACUUAAAUCGAGAAGGUCCCAAAGCUCUGGGCUCCAAAGAGAUACCAAAGGGAGCUGAAAAUUGCUUGGAAGGCCUUACGUUUGUAAUCACAGGAGUGCUGGAGUCCAUUGAACGAGAUGAGGCCAAGUCUCUAAUUGAGCGUUAUGGGGGAAAAGUAACAGGAAAUGUCAGCAAGAAAACAAACUACCUUGUCAUGGGUCGUGAUAGUGGUCAGUCCAAGAGUGAUAAGGCAGCAGCCUUGGGAACAAAAAUUAUUGAUGAAGAUGGCCUAUUGAAUCUGAUUCGAACUAUGCCAGGCAAGAAGUCCAAGUAUGAAAUAGCAGCUGAAGCUGAGAUGAAGAAAGAAAAAUCCAAAUUGGAAAGAACACCCCAAAAAAAUGACCAAGGAAAAAGAAAAAUUAGUCCAACUAAGAAGGAAUCAGAAUCUAAAAAGUGCAGACUGACUCCCAAAAAGCAAAGCUCUAUAAAAAUAAAAAAGGAAACAAGUAUGUUUCAGAGAGGCCUGGACUUCAAGGAGCAGGUGACUGAGGAAACAAAUGGUGACAGCUGGGCUAGGAAUUUGGCUGAUGACAGCAGUGAAAACAAAGUGGAGAAUUUGCUCUGGGUGGAUAAAUAUAAGCCAUCCUCGCUCAAGACCAUAAUUGGACAGCAAGGUGACCAGAGCUGUGCCAACAAACUCCUACGCUGGCUCCAAAACUGGCACAAGAGUCCAUCUGAAGAUAAAAAACACGCAGCAAAGUUUGGUAAAUUUGCUGGCAAAGAUGAUGGCUCCAGUUUUAAAGCUGCAUUGCUCUCAGGCCCUCCCGGUGUUGGCAAAACAACCACAGCUUCUCUGGUUUGUCAGGAAUUGGGAUAUAGCUACGUGGAACUGAAUGCAAGUGACACUCGGAGUAAGAACAGUUUGAAGGAGAUUGUUGCUGAAUCGCUGAAUAAUACCAGCAUCAAAGGCUUUUAUUCAAGUGGAGCAGCCCAUUCAGUAGGCACGAAACAUGCUCUCAUCAUGGAUGAAGUAGAUGGCAUGGCCGGCAAUGAGGACAGGGGAGGAAUUCAGGAAUUAAUUGGCCUGAUAAAACAUACAAAAAUUCCCAUUAUUUGUAUGUGCAACGAUAGAAAUCAUCCCAAGAUUCGAUCUUUGGUUCAUUAUUGUUUUGAUCUUCGUUUUCAAAGACCUCGGGUUGAACAGAUUAAGGGUGCUAUGAUGUCUAUUGCAUUUAAAGAGGGUUUAAAGAUCCCCCCUCCAGCUAUGAAUGAAAUAAUUUUGGGAGCCAAUCAAGAUAUCAGACAGGUUUUACACAAUCUGAGUAUGUGGUGUGCACGAAGUAAAGCACUAACCUAUGACCAGGCUAAGGCUGAUUCUCUUAGAGCCAAAAAGGAUAUCAAAUUGGGCCCAUUUGAUGUUGCCCGGAAAGUGUUUGUAACUGGAGAGGAGACUGCUCAUAUGUCACUUGUGGACAAAUUAGAUCUCUUUUUUUAUGAUUAUUCAAUAGCACCCCUCUUUGUCCAGGAGAACUACAUACAUGUGAAGCCUGUAGCCGCAGGGGGUGACAUGAAAAAGCACUUGAUGCUUUUAAGCAGAGCAGCAGACAGCAUAUCUGAUGGUGACCUAGUGGACCGUCAGAUCCGGAAUAAGCAAAACUGGAGUCUUCUGCCCACACAGGCCAUUUAUGCCAGUGUUCUUCCUGGAGAGUUAAUGAGGGGGUACAUGACCCAGUUUCCUACCUUCCCAAGUUGGUUGGGGAAGCACUCAUCUAUGGGCAAACACGAUCGUAUUGUUCAGGACCUAGCAUUGCAUAUGAGUCUCAGAACUUACUCCAGCAAAAGGACUGUAAACGUGGAUUAUCUGUCCCAUAUAAGGGAUGCACUUGUACAGCCCUUGACCUCACAAGGGAUAGAAGGAGUACAGGAUGUUGUUGCUCUUAUGGACGCGUAUUAUUUGAUGAAAGAAGACUUUGAGAAUAUCAUGGAAAUCAGCAGCUGGGGAGACAGACCUAGUCCCUUCUCCAAGCUGGAUCCCAAGGUGAAAGCAGCCUUCACAAGAACUUACAAUAAGGAAGUCCACCUUAUUCCGUAUUCACUCCAGGCAGUAAAGACACACAGACACAGCACAGGCCCAGCGCUGGAUGCUGAAUACAAUGAAGAGUUAAAUGAAGAUGACUCUCAGUCUGAUGAGAAAGACCAGGACACUUUGGAAACUGAUGCUAUGAUCAAGAAAAAGACAAAAUCUUCAAAGACUUCAAAAUCAGAAAAAGAGUCCAGAAAAGGAAAAGGAAAAAGUUCAAAGAAAUAAAACCAUUUUUCACUGCUGACCGCUACUUUUUACUCAACCUGCUGACCAGUCUAGCUGGUCUUAGAGAAUGCCUUGUUUUUCCAAAGGAACCAUGUUUUAGUGUAAUGGGGCAACCUCAUGGUCCCAUUACAAAUAAACGGUGGUACAGCUAGAAGGAUGUAAACAGUAGGCUGAUGUACACCUCUUAUAGAGGUUGAUAGGACUGCUUGGGUCCUCCACUGUCCCCUGUCAAUCUAAUGAGAUUGUACUUCAAAAUGACUGUAUAUUCAGAAUUAGCAACUACAUGUGGGCUUUGGAGUCAGAUUUUUAGUUAACAGUAAUAUGUCUGGGAACAGAGGUACUAAGGCGGCUUUUGUAGGCUUAAGAAUUUAUCCUAAUGGCCAUUAUACGACCAAUGCCGAUUUUUAAAAAAAGAGGUAGGUAGUUAUUACUAUUAUGUGGAGAAAUUUUGUAAAUAAAAUACAAAACAGUCACCACCUAGAACUGGGUAUUCUUUGUACAUUGUCAAAUACCUUGCAAAAUAGAAAUUAGAAAUAAAAAUGUUUCACAUGAUACAUGUACAAAUUCUUAAGAUUGUCAUCUUGUACAGUAGGAUACUAUGUUGGUAUAUUAUUUCCUUAUUAAUUUGCAAAUGAUUGGAUACAAAAGCUAACUAUAUUCCUACUGACCUGUUCUGUGAAACAUAACUUUGGCAGUUGAAGAGUCAGAACUCUAAUUCCCAACUUCAUUACCCCUAUGAGUGUCAACCACACCUCUGCUGUGAAUAGAAUUUCGUGGAGAGGGCUCUUUGUUAUUAUUAGAGGGUAUUGUGGCUGCAGAAAGAUUGUCAGACAUUCCUAGCCUUCCAGAGUUUCAACUCAUUAGUUUAAAACCAGUAGGGCCUAGGCUGGGUCAAACUCUUAUCCCCACUCUGGUUUGGGACUAAAUGAACACUGGCUUUUGUUUACUUUGUCCCUGAGGGAUUCAGUUCUGUCCUGACAGAUUCCACAAACCCUACUGGAACUUUAGAUUGUACCUGUAACUGUGCUUGUUGACGGGCCUGAGGCUGUGGAACUAGUCUGGAAUUUGGGUGUCUAGCAAUUUUUAAAAUCUUGUUAGUAAAUGCUCAAGGGUAUGUGCUACUUCUGCAAGGUAUGUGCUAAAAGGAAUGUAAAAUCAGGAUUCUGUUCUCUGCCUUUAAGGAACUGAUAGUCUUGUUUGGGACGCCAGACGAAGUUCUUGAGACAUUUAAAAUGUAUUUACCAGUGUGAAAAAUGUCUUUCAUGUAGAUUAAGUUCAUUAUGGGAAUAAAAUGUUGCCUUAA